AUGCGCCUCCGGACGAGUGUCGUGGUGGUUUUUGCGUUGGUGUGGAUGUGUGACAUCGCUCUUUGUGCAAGAAAGUCUGGUGCACGCAAGUCAGAGAGGUUGAGUCCACCGCUGGACAUCCAGUUGGAGACGGUGAACUGCACAGCGUUCAGUGUUCGGUGGAAAAUGCCCCGCAGACACGUCAGCACCAUCACUGGCUACAAGGUGUUUUACACAGAGAUGAGGAAUAAUCGUCCAACCAGCAAUGCUGUUGUCCUGGAAGUCCCAUUGAGUUUAGAAAUGCUCACAACGGGGCAGUUUGAUGGUCAAGCCAGCUUUGAUGUGGUGAUCGGUAACCUGAAGGUGGCCACGCAGUACCGGGUCAGUGUAGGAGCGUACGGGUGGGCAGGAGAGGGCAGACCCAGCAUGCCCCGGGACAUCAGCACUGGCUCUCAUGAAAAGUGCAUGCCUCCUGCUCCUCCAACACAGCCCAAUGUGGUGGCGGUGUCCGACACUGAGCUGGCGAUGUCAUGGCAGCAUGGAGAGAGUGACGGGAGCGCACCUGUGCUCUACUUCCUGGUGGCCUAUAUCAGGCCGGAGAUGGACACUGAGUGGACGUACAUCAGAGAGCCAGUGGAGUCCAACUCUAUGGUGCUCAAGGGGCUGAUUCCUGAGACCGAGUAUCAGUUUGUGAUCAGAGCCGUAAACGCACACGGCAUCAGUCCUCCCAGUGCCAUUAACAACCCCGUCCGCACUCUCGGUUCAGUGGACACAGGCAGUGGAGACUAUGACGUCUACAUCUCAAACUCUGACAAUAAAGAUGAAGACAAGCUUGAUAUUGAUGACUCAGAUUAUGAUGUCUUCAUUGAGGAGAUGAAGUUUCCUAGCAGUAAGAAGAGCGGCAGGCGGUCUCAGCUACGCUCCCGCAUCGGGACUCCUGGAAAUGGUAAUGUUAUUUACAGGAUGAGAACCCCUGUUUCCCCAAAUAUCAGCUUCACUCCGACAACAGCAUCAAUAUGGACCACAACUACAACAACAACAACAACAACAACAACUACACCUGUAACCACAACAACCGCCUCCAAAACAACAGUCACGCCACAGACUGCCACGCCCCCACCCCCAGUGCCAUCUUCCAGUCCAUCAUUGACACCGUGGAAAGGGGAAAGAGUGCGAGUCUAUGAUGUCCCAUGUGAAGAGACGGUCUGCCCGGCUGACAGCUUCUGCAUCAAUGAUUACGACACUGGCGGCUCUCGAUGUCACUGCAACCUCGGCCGACAGGGAGACUUCUGCUCAGAAGGUCUGACGAUAAAUUUCCCAAAGUUUUUCGGCUACUCCCACAUGACGUUCGAGCCUCUUAAAAACUCGUACCAGAGCUUCCAGAUCAGCCUGGAGUUUAAGGCAGAGGCUGAGGACGGACUGCUGUUGUACUGUGGAGAGAAUGAACACGGUAGAGGAGAUUUCACCUCCCUCGCUCUCAUACGGGGGAAACUACACUACAGGUUUAACUGUGGGACAGGAGCAGCACAGAUCAUCAGCGACAGCUCUAUUGUGAUUGGACAGUGGCACACCGUCACCAUAUUUAGAGACGGCAUGAAUGGCUGGCUGCGAUUGGACAAUGACACACCUGUGUCAAGCCGUUCACAGGGCCAGUACACUAAAAUAACCUUCCGGACAGCUUUGUUUUUGGGUGGAGCUCCGAAUGGCUACUGGUUAGUGAAAGCUGUGGGCACAAACCGUGGGUUUCAGGGCUGCAUGCAGAGUCUGACUGUCAACAGUAAAGCCAUAGACAUCCGGCCCUGGCCUAAAGGAAAUGCACUGAGUGGAGCAGACAUCGGCGAGUGCAGUAACAGUGUGUGUGAGAAGGUCACCUGUGCCAACGGAGGGAUCUGCUUUGCCAACCGCGCGGACGGCUUCAUCUGCCUCUGCCCUCUGGGUUAUAAGGGCUUCCUCUGUGAGGAGAGUUUCCUCUUGUCUCUGCCUCAGUUUAACCAGAGCAUGUUCUCAUACGCCAGCGCCCCCUGGCCUCAAUCGUCCCACAACUACCUGUCCUUCAUGGAAUUUGAGGUGACCUUCCAGCCGACCAGUCCUGACGGCACGCUGCUCUACACUGAUGAUGCCACUAGUCGUGACUUUCUGUCCAUCAGCCUAGUGGCCGGAUAUGUGGAGUUCCGCUUUGACUGUGGCUCUGGUGCAACUGUUAUCAGGAGUGAAGAAGCCAUUGCUAUGAAUGUGUGGCAUGAGUUACGUGUGUCUCGAACUGCAAAAAACGGCAUCCUACAAGUCGACAACCAGAGACCAGUAGAGGGCAUGGCAGAAGGUGCGUUUACACAGAUAAAGUGUAGUUCUCCUCUGUAUAUUGGAGGAGUUCCUAAUUAUGACAUUACCAAGCCCAGCGCUGGCAUCCUGAGACCCUUCAGUGGAACUGUUCAGAAGAUCACUCUAAAUGACCGAGGUAUAGAGCUGAAUCCAGGCCAGGCAUUUGGUGUGAAUGUGCUGAACGCGGCUCAUCCAUGUGUGGAGAACCCGUGUGCGAAUGGAGGAACAUGCAGGGCCAAGUGGGACGAAUAUGACUGCGAUUGUGCUCUUGGGUAUGAUGGAAAACACUGUCAGAAGGAAUGUGGGAAUUAUUGCUUGAACACGGUCACUGAAUCCAUUGAGAUCCCUCAGUUCACCGGACGCAGCUAUCUGACAUAUGACAACAGAGAUAUCCUCAAGAGGAUUUCGGGCUCCAGAACAAACUUGUUUAUGCGUUUUAAAAGCACGUCCAAAGACGGACUUUUAUUAUGGCGUGGAGAGAGUCCGAUGAGAGCCAACAGUGAUUACCUGUCUCUGGGUCUUCAAGACGGAGCACUUAUUUUCAGUUAUAACCUGGGUAGUGGAGCCACCACUGUAGUCAUCAAUGGCACAUUUAGUGAUGGAAAAUGGCAUAGAGUGAAGGCUGUGAGGGAUGGACAGUCUGGUAAACUCACUGUCGAUGACUAUGGAGCUAAAACUGGCCGAUCUCCUGGUAAAAUGAGACAGCUGAACAUCAACGGUGACCUAUACAUUGGUGGGAUGAAGGAAAUCGCGCUGCACACUAACAGGCAGUACAUGCGAGGUUUGGUGGGAUGCAUUUCUCAUUUCACUCUGGCCACAGACUACCACCUGUCUCUGGUGGAUGAUGCAGCAGACGGCAAGAACAUCAACACCUGCACCAACUGAAUAUC